AUGGAGACUGAUGGAGCUGGUGGUAGUGGAAGUGGUGCCGACAAUUGUGUUGGAGUAGGAAGUGCUGGAAGUCUAGAGCAGGAGAAAAAGACUACAUCAGAGGGAGAACAAAGGGUUAAGCGUAAAACGAAGACUCCUUAUCAGUUGGAACUUCUUGAGAAAACCUGUGCUAUGGAAACAUAUCCUCCCGAAGAGUUGAGAGCAGAGCUUUCAGUGAAAUUAGGUCUCUCUGAUCGGCAGCUACAGAUGUGGUUCUGCCAUAGAAGGAGUGCAGAUGAAAUGGCUGUUAAUAAUGCUGAGGUGGAAAAUGAACAUGGCUCUGGUCUGGGUCUGUUUGGGAAUUUGAAUUUGAUGCCCCGUCCACCACAGCAACAGAGAGUAGUUCAGAAAGUUGGGACGGCGGUGCCAAGGAUAACGGCAGAAAUGCCUGUGAUGAGGAGGUUCUAUGAACCACCUCUAGCAAUAUCUGAGCAGAGGGCAAUAGCAUUUGUGGAGGCAUAG